CAACGGAGAUAGUUGAAAUAAGUUGACCUGUGUCUCCGCGGUCGAGCGCGCUCGUUCUGCUCGAAACGUUCGAGCACGAAACGUUGCGUUAGUUUGUCGUAAAUUGAGUUACGUCUCGUCGUAUCUGUUGUACGGUUCGGAUAUUGCAUCGUGUAGUCCUCAGUGUGUGCAUGUGUGUGUGUCAAUGAUUCGUUAUUAACGGUGCAGUUCGGCCUGAUAUAUCAGAAGAUAAAUUAUGAUGGUCUGAUCGCGGUUCCAACAUGACUGUGGAUUUCGCCGACUACUUUUGGGGCGAAAAGAAUAAUGGAUAUGACGUGUUAUAUCAUAACAUGAAGCAUGGUGCAGUUGCAAGCAAGGAGUUGGCUGAGUUUCUGAAAGAACGAUCAACUAUAGAAGAAAAUAAUUAUAAGGUUCUGAGUAAGCUAGCUAAACAAGCUGGCAGUAGCAGUAGUACACAAGGAACAUUUGCACCUGUUUGGGCUGCCUUAAGAGGAGCAGCAGAAAAACUUGCUGGUUUGCACUUGCAAAUGGCCCAAAGAGUGACUGAACUAAUAAAAGAUGUAUCAAAAUAUACAGAUGAAUUACAUAAGAAACACAAGGCUGUAAAAGAAGAAGAGUCAUCUACCUUGGAAGUUGUGCAAAGUAUACAGAAUAUUACUGUGACAUUACAUAAGGCAAAAGAUAUGCGUAUGCAAAAGGGUCUUGAAUUAGAAAAAUUGCGGAAAGACAAUGCCAGCCAAAAAGAAUUAGAAAAAGCAGAAAUUAAGUUUAAAAAAGCACAGGACGAUUACAAAACUCUGGUUGAUAAAUAUAUGGGCAUAAGAAAUGAUUUUCAAACCAAAAUGACUCAAACAUGCAGGCGAUUCCAAUAUGUAGAGGAAACACACUUAAAGCAUAUGAAGGAGUUUUUAAACAUCUAUGCUGAUGUUUUGCAGUCAAAUCAUGAACAAGUUGGUCAAGUUCAUAUUGAUUUUAAACGGCAAUGUUCAGACAUGACAGUGGACAAAUUAUUAGAGCAAUUUGUACAAAGCAAAUAUACAGGUUUUGAGAAACCAGGUACAUUCGAAUAUGAAGAGAUCAUAACAGGUUUAGGAGAAAUGACCAGUCAUUCUCAGUUGGAAAGCAAUGUUGAGACACCUAAGGAAACAUCAAAAGGAGCUAAUGGAGAAACAGGCGUUGCUGGUAACAUUCACAGUUCAAAAAACGAUCGGGGAUUAAAAGGGGAGGGUUGUCAGGUGGAUGAGGAAAAGGGGACGGUACAAGAAAAAACAAAUGAAAAUCUGAAUGAAAGAGACAGAGAAUUGUCACAUGCACAAGCCACCAAGGCUUCCCGGCGUACUACCUCGCUACUCAACCUGUUCAUGUCCAACUCCCAGGACAAACAGAAGCAAGCAGGGUCUGGUUCGGCACCUGCAACUCCUCAGGGGAACAACCUGCCUCCUGCUGUUCCACCUCCCAGCAUCUCCAGGAACCCUCUCAGAGGAUCUAAAUGGUUUCUUCGCAGCAGAAGAGAGAAAAGAAAGGAAAAGAAGGCGAAAAAGAAGAAGGAUAUUGUGGAAACGAGCAGCAACAAAGAAGAAAAGUCUGACCUGGAGGAUAAGGAUGACAGUAGAAAGUCUGAAACACCGACACCGGAAGUAGAUGAGGAUGGUUUCUGUAUUAGACCGAAAGCAGAGCCGUGGGAGAAUGAGAAAGGAUUUUAUUCUAGCUCAGAUACCGAUUCCGAAGAUGAGAGGGAACGAAAGAUCCGAGUGGAAAUAAAACCACUAAGCAACGGCGGAGCACCGAUGAGCGCCAGCGUGGACGAACUCAGGGCGACCGUGGAAAAUCUAUCGUUAUCGCCUGCACCGACGGGACGCAGAGGAUCAAAUAACGAUUCAGAUCAUCAUAUGAAAAGGUCUCAGUCAGUGUCACAGCAAUUAGGAGGUAAGCCAAGCUCGGAUUUACUUGGCCUAAACUUGUUCAAUCCUAGCAGUACACCAUCGAGCGCCUCAACGCCGACUGGUAGUCAUCCGUACGCGCCAUUGCAAAGUCCUCCGCCACUGUCUUUGUCACCGACGCCUCAACCACAGCCGCCACAAUCCGCACCACCUACACAUCCUCACCCACGAUUCCCUGAUGGAGAUUUGUUUUCGGAAGUAGGAGACAUCACUCCGGCCUUACCUCCCAAGCAAUCCGCAUCCUCCACUCCGACAGGAUCCAUCAUCAUUCCUAGACCUCCGUCCCGAAGAGGAGAAGGUCCUUCGCCAAGGGGUAGAAUGUCACCGGCAACUAUAUCCAGAGCCGAUAGCGUGGCUAGCUUAGAAUUUCGUACAGCUGGUGUUGGUGUUGGCUCCUCCAGGGGCCCAUCUCCGCUCACGAUUGGACUCGCAGACACUAUACCUUUAGCAGUUGCUUUCCAUGAGAUAGUACACUCUUAUUUCAGAGGUACCGAUGAAACACGGUGUCAGGUGAAACUCAGUGGAGAUAUGAUGUUAUCGUUUCCUGCUGGUAUCGUCGCCGUGUUAGCGAAUAAUCCAAGCCCUGCGAAACUUACGUUUCGCGUGCGAAACAGUAAUAGAUUGGAAAAAUUGUUCCCUAAUAAUCAGCUUGUCAGCAUGGAUGCAACGCAGACAACUGUCGACAGUACAAUUUUUGAAUUCAAUAUGAGUGCCUUAACUACGUUGUUACGCAAACAGGCUGAACAAAACCCUUCAGCUUCGUAUUUUAACGUCGACAUACUCAAGUAUCAAAUCAAGUGCAAGGAGGGAGCAGGUUCAUGCCCUUUCCAGCUGGUUGCCUAUUGGAAGUGUGAAACGACUCAUACCGAUCUUAAGAUUGAUUAUAAAUAUAACAGUCGUGCUAUGGCUUCUCCAAGUCCACUGCUAAACCUUCAUGUGGCUGCGCCCAUAGACGGAGGUUUCAAGUCACUGAAUAGUAAACCUCAGGCACAGUGGUUACAAGACACGAAUCGGGUACUGUGGAAGUUCACGGAACUGUCGCAGCACAGCGAAGGUAACGGCGUAGGCUCAUUGAAAGCUCGGGUGGAACUUGCGCAUGGGCCAGGAAACCAAGGAACCAUAUUCACACAGUUUAAUUGCGAAGGGACCACGUUAUCUGGUGUUGAGUUCGAGCUUUUAGGCCCGGGGUAUAGAUUAAGUUUAGUAAAGCGUAGAUUCGUAUCUGGAAAGUAUAUUUGUGAUGGAGAUUCUGACUCACGAAGUAGAUACGCUGCUCCACCAUCCAAUGUGGAUUGACGACUUCCAGAAUGGGCGCCUCAAUGGGAGAGCCUGCCCAUUUAAUAUUGGCACUUGCUUGUUCAUUCACUGCCCAUACCACGACUAAUGUUCGUUCAAAUUCGAAAUCGGCGUGGGGAAGCCUGUUGGAUACCAAAGAACGUGUGCGAUACAAUAAUAAGAUUACAUAGUAGACGAAUAAUUUGUACAGAUGCCGUGAUGCUACGUGAUUUCCAUAUAGCAGAAUGUAAAGUUUAUUCGCGUUACGUGUUAAAAAAGGAAAAGAAAGGAUCUUGGAUACGAGAAAGCGGCAAACGAAGAUCACAUAAAUUCGUAUCCUUCAUAAAUUAAGAUGAGUAUGGUACGAUAUAUAUGAUCCUAGGCGAAGAAAAUAUUUGGACAGAAAUGUAACGAAAAACAUAGUUGGACUUCGUAAGUCACUCGCUACCUGAUGAAUAGCGUUCUGUGUUUUAUAACUUGUAUAUUUUUCAAUUUUUCUAUAUAUUCUCGAUUAGAUUGUACUAUUUUAGUAAAGUUUGUACGUGAUACGUAAACGAGGUGUAACUACGACGACGACGAUGACGAUAACGACAGCAGAAAACGUUUAAAACGUCGAAGAGUAAGUAGACUUUUCUCGCAUAAAACCUUUGGUGUCCAGCAUAUUUUUCACCACGAUAUUCUCGCCAUAUUAUUGUGUCUAUAUAUAUAUAUAUACAUAUAUAUAAUCAAAAUACAUACGUUAUGACUUUUUUUACCUAACAGCACGGAAAAGCUCUAGAAAAGAUCAUCAAACAGUACAAUGUUCUUAAUCUAUUGUUAAAUUUUGCGUUAAUUUUAAUGUAAUUAUUAUAUAUUGCUAUCUUAUCGUUAAGAAGGUUUGAAAGAAAUGUAAAGAUUCUGUAACACCAAUUAACUUCGUGUCUGUACAUUAGCGUUUCUAUUUUAUACGAAGGCCCUAUAUUUACUUUUUAAAUUUUUCGAUGUAGUCCUAUGAUAUACGUUUUCAGAUCUGUUUUUACCGAUAUCCGCGGAAUUUUUGAAAAAAUAUUUGGUUACACGUACAUUUAAAAAAUUAAUGGUUCUCGAAAUGAAAUCGUGUUUUUCGUUUCACAACACAAUUCAACUUUAUUGCGCGGCGAUUCCUGCGUACGUUGACGCUGGUAAAGAAAAAAAAGCAAAAAAAGAAUUGCAACGUAGUUUUGCUUUAUUUAUGAACAAAGAAAAUAGCGAGGACGUUAAGAACAAAAUGUUCGAUAGAUUAGUAAUAGUUCAUACGUAUACUAAGUGAAAUUGGCAAGUAAUGGAAAGGAAAUGCUUUAUUAAAAUGAUUAAACAUACGAUUUUAACAUUGUAACAAACAAAUUAGUUGCGCGAUUUGCGAUUAAUUUUUUAGAUCUUACGAAAGUUUCGAAGAAUUGCAAGUUAAAUUUCAUGGUAGUUCCACAGUGAUCGUUUCAUUCUUUCCAUUAUUGCAAAAUUAAUUCAAUAUUUUUUGUGUAAUUAUCAUUAAAUAUUUCCUAUAUUUAUUAUUUUAAAACGAGAAUUACUACGUUAACUUUUAAUGUGAAUCGACUGUAUCCUAUCGUUUUCUUGUUUUUCCUUAUUCUUUCAUUUUCAGUAUUUUUUGUAAUGAUUUUGCGAUAUAUUCCUAAAGCGAAUCGACCGUUUUUAGAGACAGUCCAUCUCGUUUAACAGUUACAUGUGCAUACAUACCGCCUGUGUGUAUAUGUAUAUGUGUAUAUAAAAACGAAGUAAUAACUUUAAGAAUAAGUCUGAAAAAAUC